GGAUGCGCCGCUUAGCGAAGCCGACACUUGCCCGCGGGCACAUGGCAGCGGAGCGUGCGCCUGGGCUCGGGCGCCCUUGGCAGCUGCAGCCCCGCCGCCCCCAUGUUCUCCCUGUGCAGCGCUGCGGGCCGAGCGGUCAGCAGAGCUGGUGGUCCAAGUCUUUUACUGAGAAUGACAUUAGGAACAGAAAUUACUACCCAUCUCCAGGCCUCUUCAUAUGCAGCAUCAGACCGAAACUUUUUGAAAUGGGACCUGUCACCAGAGCAAAUCAGAACAAGGACAGAUGAUCUGAUCAUGAAAACAAAGCAAGUGUAUGAUAAUGUUGGAAUGCUUAAUUUUGAAAAAGUAACAUAUGAGAACACUAUGCAGGCUCUGGCCGACAUAGAAGUGGAGUAUACAAUGGAAAGAAGCAUGCUGGAUUUCCCGCAGCAUGUCUCAUCCAACAAAGAUGUACGCUCAGCAAGCACAGAAGCUGACAAAAGACUUUCUUAUUUUGAUGUGGAGAUGAGCAUGAGAGAAGAUGUGUUUCAGAGGAUUGUUUAUUUGCAGCAAACAUGUGAUCUUGGACAUCUGAAGCCUGAAGCUAAGCGAUACUUAGAGAAGUCAGUUAAAAUGGGGAAAAGGAAUGGACUCCAUCUUCCCAAAGAAGUACAGAAUGAAAUAAAGACCAUGAAGAAAAAAUCGAGUGAGCUGUGUAUAGACUUCAACAAAAACCUCAAUGAGGAAAACACAUUUCUCAUGUUUUCUAAGGAUGAACUUCAAGCCCUUCCUGAUGACUUUAUUAAUAGUUUAGAGAAGACUGAAAAGAACAAGUAUAAAGUUACCUUAAAGUAUCCCCACUAUUUUUCUGUCAUGAAAAAGUGCUGCAUUCCAGAAACAAGACGAAAAAUGGAAACUGCCUUUAACACAAGAUGCAAGGAGGAAAAUACUAAAAUUCUUCAGCAGUUGCUUCCCUUAAGGGCAAAAGUAGCAGAGCUUCUUGGGUACAAUACUCAUGCCAACUUUAUACUGGAGGUGAACACUGCAAAGAGCACGGAUAAUGUAACAACCUUUUUAGAUGAUUUAAGUAAGAAGCUAAAACCACUGGGUGACGAGGAGAGAGAGUUUAUUCUGGACUUGAAGAAAAAGGAGUGUGAAGAAAGAGGCUUUGACUAUGAUGGAAGAAUCAAUGCAUGGGAUUUACAUUAUUAUAUGAACAAGACAGAAGAGCUUAAAUAUUCCAUAGAUCAAGAGAAGCUGAAGGAAUACUUUCCAGUUGAGGCUGUUACACAAGGCUUAUUGAACAUUUACCAGGAGCUGCUGGGACUUGUAUUUGAGCAGGAAGAAAAUGCUCAUGUUUGGCAUGAGAGUGUUACUCUUUAUACAGUAAAAGACGAUUCAACAAGAGAAGUUUUAGGUCAGUUCUACUUAGACCUCUAUCCCAGAGAAGGGAAGUAUGGGCAUGCAGCAUGCUUUGGUCUCCAGCCUGGCUGCCUACGCUCUGAUGGCAGCAGAAUGAUGUCUGUAGCUGCUCUGGUGACCAACUUCACAAAACCAACAUCAGAUCGCCCAUCAUUGCUGCAACAUGAUGAGGUGAAGACUUACUUCCAUGAGUUUGGUCACGUAAUGCACCAGAUAUGUGCGCAGACUGAUUUUGCUCGAUUUAGUGGAACUAAUGUGGAAACAGACUUUGUAGAAGUUCCUUCACAAAUGUUUGAGAACUGGGUAUGGGAAAAAGAACCUCUACAGCAAAUGUCAAAACAUUAUAAAGAUGGGAGCCUUGUUGGAGAUGCUCUUCUUGAGAAACUUGCUGCCUCUAGAAUGGCCAAUACAGGUCUUUUGACUCUUCGUCAGAUUGUUUUGAGCAAGGUUGACCAGUCCAUUCAUACCAAAUCAUCUGCUGACCCUGCAGAUGAAUAUGCCAAGUACUGCAUGGAGAUUCUGGGAAUUUCUGCAACCCCAGGAACAAACAUGCCGGCUACUUUUGGACAUUUGGCAGGUGGAUAUGAUGGCCAAUACUAUGGCUAUUUGUGGAGUGAAGUUUUUUCCAUGGAUAUUUUUUAUAGCUGCUUUAAACAAGAAGGAAUAAUGAAUCCAAAGGCUGGAAUGAAAUACAGAAACCUUAUCCUGAAACCUGGAGGAUCUUUGGAUGGGAUGGAUGUACUCCAAAAUUUCUUACAGCGUAAACCAAAUCAGAAAGCUUUCCUAUCGAGUAAGGGACUGAAUACUCAAUGAAGCAACAGAUCCUUUGCAAUGGUACAUCAGCAAGCUGGGCAACUUGAAAUCUCAGUGUAUUUCAUGCCUUUCUUAGACAAUGUAUCACACAAGGGAAAACCAGUCACUUUUAGAUUUCUUUUUUUUUUAAUAUUAUUGUAUAAAUUUGAUUCAAUCGCACAGGGCUACAAAACUUAACACAUUGGACCAACACAUUCUAAGAUACUGUGUUGAAAUUUGUAUAGUGAUUUUAUUUGUGAAUUGUUAUGAAAUGAUACAAAUUAAUCUAGAAAAAAUACUGACUUGUAUGUCUCUUGAAAGAGACAUGGUUGAAUUAUUCUUUGUGAAUUAAUUUUAAAAUGAGAAAAAAUACAUUCCCCAAAAUUAAAUAAUUGAUUCAUUUUUAUUCUACAGUUUCUUUUAUUGUACUGAUAGCUCACUAACAUCUGCUGUUUAAAUUAAACUCUUUCUAUGACUUGGGUUUUUCUUGCUUCCAGGCAGAAGAUCCAAGAUUGAGAGUUGGGAGAGGUCUUUUGCUCCUGAGAGUGUUAUUGGAUGAGAGAUUUGCAUUGAUGACACCUUCAUCUU